AUGGUGGAGCUGUCACGGAGUCAGGAUUAUGAAAUUGGUGAUGGCACAACGGGUGUUGUUGUCAUGGCUGGUGCGCUUCUGGAGCAAGCUGAGUGUCAAUUAGAUAGAGGGAUUCAUCCUAUUCGUAUCGCUGAAGGGUACGAGAUGGCUUAUAGAGUGGCUGUUGGGAAUUUAGAGCGUAUAUCUCAGAAGUUUGAGUUUGAUGUUAAUAAUUAUGAGCCUUUGGUUCAGACAUGCAUGAGUACUCUAUCCUCGAAGAUUGUGAAUCGAUGCAACCGGAGUUUAGCUGAGAUUGCUGUGAAAGCAGUUCUUACUGUUGCUGAUUUGGAGAGGAGGGAUGUUAACUUGAAUCUGAUCGAAGUAGAGGGAAAAAUCGGGGGAACUUGGAGGACACUGAGCUUAUAUAUGGAAUAUUGGUUGGCAAAGAUAUGA